AGGUCCAGGCAGAUCUACCCUUUUUCUUUUUCUAAUACUUCUUUUGGAAACCUUUACUUUCUGUCUAAGAAUUGAUAUUAAGUAUCAGUUCCAAGGCAGAAGAGCAGUUAGGUCUAGAUAAUUGGGGUUAAGUGACUUGCCCAGGGUCACACAACCUUUCCCUUAAUGCCUUUUUUUAAAGCCCUUUCUAUCUUAGAAUCAAUACUAAAUAUUGGUUCCAAGGCAGAAGAGCAGUAAGGACUAGGCAAUUGGAGUUAAGUGACUUGCCCAAGGUCACAUAACCUUUCUCUUAAUAUCUUUUGUUAAACCCUUAUUUUCUAUCUUAGAAUCAAUAUUAAAUAUUGGUUCCAAGGCAGAAGAGCAAUUAAGGUCUAGAUAAUUGAGUUAAGUGACUUACCCAGGGCUACACACCUGGGAAGUAUCUGAGGUCAGAUUUGAACCCAGGUCCUCUUGUCUAUAGGCCUGCUUUUCUAUCCACUGAGGCACCUAGCUGCCCUAAAAAUAUAGCAUUCUUUUCUGUUGUGAUUUUUUAAAAAAUCUUUACUUUCUGUUAGAAUUGAUAUCAAUUCUAAGACAGAAGAGUGGUGAGGACUGGGCAGUUGAUGUUAAAUGCCUUGCCCAAGAACACACUGAAAAUGUCUGAGGCCAUAUUAGAACCCAGAUCCUUGGACUCCAGGCCUGGCAUUCUAUCCACUGAGACACCUACCUGUCCCUCUAUUGUCAUUUCACUUUAUCUAUCCCUCAAAAACCAAGCAGAUACCCACAGGAUUGAUCUUAAACCCUUUCUUCUAAGUCAAAUUUCUCUGCCCCCUGUCUGGACAGUACCAGGUCCUUUAUUCAUUCAUUUAGUCAGUCAAUAAGCAUUUCAUAGAAUUAUGCCUAUGGAAUAGGAAGGGACUUCAGAGGACAUCUAGUCCAAUUCCCUAUUUUUUUUUUUUUGGCUCUGGGAGACAGUUGAGUGACUUGCCCAAAAUCAAAUGGGUCAGGAUCAGAGUCAAAAUUUGAAUGUAGGUUCUCUGCCUCACUACUCUUCCCUUUGUACCUCACUGUUAAGCAUCUACCAUUUGCAGGCACAGUGCUAGUCACUGGGAACACAAGAAAACAAAAUAAUCCCUUCUCUCAAGGAAUUUACAUUCCAAAUCAUCAUCACUAUGAUUAACGCUAGUAUUUGUCAUUACUUUUAUUAAUAGUAAUAAUCCUUUCAGUGUUAGCACCUUGCAAAUUAUCCCUUUUGAUCUUCCCUACAACCCCUGAGGGAGGUAAUAAUGAUUCCUUCCAUUUAUGUGGUAUUUCCAGACUUGCCAGAUGUUUUGUGUAGGUAUCACUUCCAUAACAGGCAGCUAGAGGGUGCAGUGGCUAGAGCACUGGACUUAAAAUCGGGAAGACUUCCUGAGUUCAAAGCUAGCUUCAGACACUUACUAGCUGGGUGACCCUGGACAAGUCACUUAACCCUGUUUGCCUCCAUUUCUUCAUCUGUGAAGUGAGCUAGAGAAAAAAUGGGAAACCACUCCAGUAUCCUUGAAAAGAAAAUCCCAAAUGGGGUCAGUCACAAAGAAUAGGACAUGAAUGAAACGACUGAGGAACCGCCUUAUUUCCAUGAGGAAAGAGAUUUAAAUAGAAGAAGAGGAAUUUGAUUUUUGUUUUUAAAAAAAAUUUUUAAUUUUGAUUUUGUUGUAGAGAUUUCUUGCUGGAAAGAGAAGGAAGGUCAAUUCAAGUUCUAUAUUUUACAGAUGAGGAAACUGAGCCUCCAAGAACUUAGUAAAUAGUAGAGCAAUGAUUUGACUGAAAUCUAGCCCUUUCCCCAAACCCACACUGCCCAGGGUGGGAUUGGGAUAUCCUGCCUGAUUCUGGAUUGAGUCUCUUGUAUACUUUGCACUGGGUUAGUGGUUGGGUUGGCAGCACAAAUCCAAAAGCUAAGAAGAAUAAGCCCCUCCUGAGCCUAAGGGAAGUUCCUGUUUGAUGAGAAGCCACAGUCCCUGCUUUUGAGAAGCUCCCAGUCUGAGGGAGAAGAGACAAUCCCUGCCCUCAGUGGGCUUCUGGUCUUCAGGGAGGAUGCUGCUCCUUCACCAGUGAGCUGUCACCAGAACACUGAAGGGAGCUGGGGGUAGGAGGAUGAGGGUCAUAUCAGAGAGAACUUCCUGAUAGGGAUGGUUUAUGCCAGUGUAAAGAAUGGAAUAUAGUUGCUGGAGAGUGAAGUUAUUCUAGCCUAAGGGGAAACUAAAGGAGAGAAGGUCAGGAGUAGCAAGGGGAUAUUUGGGCUCCAAUGGGAAACGGGCUCCUUGCUACAGAGCAGGUAGCUGGGUGGUCCAAUGGGUAGAGUAUGAGGAAGCUAUGGGUUUAAAUCUGGCCUAAUGAGCUAGUCAUUUUAAUUCAGUUUGCUCAUCUGGGAAAUGGGGAUAAUAAUAGUCCCCUCCCAGGAUCAAAAGAGAUAGUCGUAACGUGCUUAGUGUAACAUGUACUUAUGUGCCUGGCACAUAGUAGGUAUUGUAUAAGUGACAGCUGUUGUUACAGAGAAAAAUGGGAUUUAUCCUUAUACUCCGCCAUGGAAAGAGGGAGGUGGCUGUCCUUUUGUAUCCUUUUCCAAGGGGGUAGGGGAAGCAGCAAUAUCCUGAGCCUCCAAUAUUUUGAUCAGAGGUUUGGUCUUGGUUUUGAUGGGGGAGAUGGGAUUGUGGGCAGCUCCUUUGUAAUUAGAGAGGAGCUAUUCCAGCCUGACUCAAAAGACCAUGCCCAUACUGAGAAGGCUAUCUGGAGGAGGAAUGUGGGAUCUGACACCCUUAGAGGAUGCUCGGUUUACUCACCUUCUUUGACCCCAGUUUUGAAUCCAUGAUGCAUACCACUGGCUUCCUGGUUCUUCAUGAAUGGGACUGAAAGCUGGGAUGCCAGAGUCCCUGGCUGGGACCUUGGGGAGUGGCUCCAGGCCAUUUUAAGUGGCAGAGGAAGUCAAGGCUAAAGUGACUAGAAAGCUCGAUGCUGGCACUGGCAUUUCUUAGGGCAUGGGGGACAUGUCUUCUCUUCAUUAUGAAUUCCACAGAGUAAAAGUCAGGUAAAAAUCUGGCCAGAAGAUGAAUCUAGUGGUUUAUAGAAUCCUGAGACAGAAAGGAUCAUGGAGAUGAUCUAAUUCAGUCUCCUCCCUAUGGAUGGGGAAAAUUCAUUCAAGACAUUUGUGGUUGUACACAGAAAAGGUGGAUAAGUCAAGUCAGAAGUUAAAUCCAAGUCAUCUGACUAUAAAUCGUGUUCUUUUCCAUUAUUUUGUCAUGACAGUGGAUGAAGUGUUAAGUGUGGUAUCAGGAAGACCUAGGUUCAAAUCCUGCCUUAAAGAUUAUACUCUAGCCUUUGUAGGGGUAGCUAAGUGGCAUAGUGGAUACAUUGCUGGGCCUUGUAUGAAGAAGGCUCAUCUCUCUGAGUUCAGUCUGGACUCAGUUGCUUAGUAGCUGGGUGACACUGGGCAAGUCAGUUUCCUCAUUUGUAAAAUGACCUGGAGAACAAGAAGCCAAGAAAACCCCCAAAUAAGAUCACAAAGGGUUGAACACGACUGGCAAUGAUGGAACACCAACAGCAAACAGCUUUGUGACCCUGGGCAAAUCACUUAACCCUACUUACCUCAGUUUCUUCAUCUGUAAAAUGAUCUGGAGAAGGAAAUGGCAGAUCAAUACAGUAUCUCUGCCCAGAAAAACCCAAAACAGGGUUACAAAGAUCAGACACAACUGAAAACAAUGAAACAACAACAAAAAGCUUUGUGACCCUAGGUGUCACGGGCAAAGUCUACCCUUGCCCAGGACUCCAGGGUAUCCUGACUGGUGGCUAACAAUCAGUCAAAAUAAAUAAAAUAACAAACAGAAGACAGCUUAAUCAUAACGGCCAUGGGAUUGCUUUGCAUCUCAGCUGCUCUCCAUUCCCGGGCUUGAUUUUUAUUUUUAUACCCAUUUUCUUGGCAUGCAGAUUGCAUUACCUAACACACAUGUUCAGAGAGAGAUAAUUGGAAAAGUAAUACAUUAACUUUUAACAAAUCACUUGAUUAACGUUCUAUAUUUUUGUAUUGUGAUUACAGACAGAAUACAAGGUGGCUUACAGGGAGUAUGAGUUACUGAUUUGUGUAAUUGAGUCACUGAGACAUAUUGAAGCUUAAUGUACCUGUACUAUACCUGUGCGUACUGUAUGAGCCCCUAUGAUUGAUUUGUGUGCUGGCUUCAGGAGAAAGUUUUGGGCUUGGCCUGUAGCUGAGGUUUUGCUGGGAAUUAUGUACCUAGGUAAAAGUUAACCCACGAUAGUCUUUUUGGGAUUGGGUUUGAGGGUCUGAUCUUUUGGUGAUGUUUUGGGGAAUUAGGGUACAGGUGUUUUGCUCUUGCAUUAUUUCUUUUGAGUCUAGGGGGAAUAAUCAUCAUGUCAAUUCAUAGGUUAGGGGCACUGAUGAAAGAAGUCAUGUAAAAGGGGGUUGGGUGGGCAAUCACAUCUCCACAGCUACCACGCCUGACUGUCAAGGUGUCGUGGACUGAUGGCCCCCAGCACCUAGGCAAGUCAGUUAACCUCCCUAAACCUCAAUUUCAUCAUCUGUAAGAUGGGAAUAAUAAUGAGCAUCUCCCUCAAGGGUCAUCGUGAAGUGCAAAUAAUGUAAUGGAUGUAAAGAACUUUGCAAACCUUAAGGUAAAAUGUAAAUGAUACAAGAUUAGGGGACAGGCAUGACACCUGUGGUCUCACUGAUACCGAAAACUCUCAGAUGACAAUUCCCUCCCUACUAAGGCAGGUCAACACCUGCUCUCCAACUUAGCCUUAGAAACCUGUAGAGAACAGGGAUAUCAGACCCAGAGGCCCUCGACAUGUUGUGGCAGAUAACACUCCAAGGGAGUAUAGCCAAACAAUACAAUAGAGCAGCUAGGUAGUGAAGAGGAUGGAGUGCUAGACUGAAAGUUAGGAAGACUUCUCUUCCUGAGUUCAAAUCCAGUCUCAGAUACUUACUAGCUGUGUGACCCUGGGUAAGUCAUUUAACCCUGUUGCCUCAGUUUCCUCACCUGUAAAAUGAGUUAAAGAAGGAAAUAGCAAACCACUCUAGUAUCUUUCCCGAGAAAAUUCCAAAAGGGGAAGAGUGGGACAAGACAGUGGACAGUAAUAUGGGUUUUUUUAACUCAAUAUGUUGCCUGUUGAGAUCUUUAUGUAAGAUCUAGUGGCCCUAUUUCUACUUGCCUGACUCCUGUAGUCUAGGAUGCUGAGAGGUAGUGACCAAGGCCAGCUGUCUAUCCCACUAUACUACCAUGCAGUUUUUAAAAUGGGAGCUAUUAUCAUUAUACCAUGUUGCUAACUGUUUGGGAAUCAACUAUCUCACAUCCAUGCCUACCACCCUAGAGGUUCUUGGAAAGACUCAGGAAUAAAGGAGACAACUAGUGGCUAGAGAGCCAAGUAUAGAUACGGAAGUACUGGGUUCAAAUCUAACCUCAGCUGCUUCUUAUCUGUGUGACCCUUAAGCAAGUCACUUAACCCCCAUUGCCUAGCCCUUACCACUCUUCUGCCUUGGAACCAAAACAGAGCAUUGAUUCUAAGACAGAAGGUAAGGUUUUUUUGUUUGUUUUUUAAUGAGUUAAUGAUGGAGGGACAGCUAUGUAUCUCAGUGGAUAUUGAGUCAAGCUAGAGACAGGAGGUUCUGGGUUAAAAUGUGAGCCCAGAUACUUCUUAUUUGUGUGACUCUGGACAAGUCACUUAACCCUCAUUGUCUAGCUCCAUGUUGGCGAACCUAUGGCACACAUUCAGGAGGGAGCUGCUUCUCUCUCCCUCUCCAUGCCUGCCUGAGGAUAUUUCUCACAUCACCUGCCCCUCUGCCCAGUAGUCCAAUAGGAGUGUUUUCUCCCUCCCCUAUCUGGGGUAAGACCAGGGUAGGAGGCUCAUGUGUGAAAUGAGGGUUGCAGUUUGGGCACUUGGUCUCUAAAUGAUUUGCCACCACUGGCCUAGCCCUUACUUCUCUUUUGCCUUGGAACCAAUACACAGUAUUGAUUCUAAGUUGGAAGAUAAGCAAAAAAAAAAAAGGCUCAGGAAUACAGGGAGACUACCUUUCCCUGAUAGGAGGCAAUUAGGUGGCUCAGUGGAUAGAGCACUGGACCUAGAGUCGGGAAGACCUCAGUUUAAAUCUGACCUCAAAAACUUAACUAGCUAGAUGACUCUGGGCACUCUAAUAUCUUUGUCAAGAAAACGCCAUGGACAGCAUUGCCCAGGGGGCCAAGAAAACUCAGACUAUCUUACCUAGGUUCUGUGCUCUUGACUCAACCUUUGGCAGGAGAAACUGAGGCAGAAGCACAUAGUAGGAAUUUAAUAAAUACUUGCAGAAUGAAUCUAUGGAAAGUCUAUUAAUUCUUGAAAGUCUAUGGAAACUUCACUCUCAGAAUUCAGAUAUCCCAUCAUUAUUUUCUCUUGUAUUCUUCCCUCACCCCUAAAUGUGCUCCUUGGAUGGCAUCUGUAUGCUUACUCAGAUGGACCAGAUUACAUUCAUCUCAAGAGCUUUGCACACACAUUCCUUUCCCUAAGAACCCCAAAGCCAUCCUGAGUGAAGGAUGUCCCAACUAGAACCAAGCCAGAUUCUCUAUAGGGGAAAGUUGCAAAGUUUCAUCCAGAGAUGAAGAGGGUAGGGCAUAAAAUGAGGCAGAAGCAGGGUUGUGCCCUUAACCCAGAAAUAUGGUGAUAAAUGUUUUACAAAUGGCUCUUCAAAAAAGGGUCAAAGACAAAUAACAAAAAUAAUCCCUGCCCUCAAGGAAUUUACUUGCAAUCCUCAUUGAUAUAUUUGAAAUUUCCACAAUCUUCCAUAGAUUCUUAUUGAUAUAUUUCCAUAGCAGCCUUUCUCUGGAGAUUGUUGUUCAGUCAAUCCCACUCUUUCUGACUCUAUUUAGCAAAGAUAUUAGAGUAGUUUGCCAUUUCCUUUAUUUUAUUUUACAGAUUAAAAAAAAAAACAGGAUUAAGUGACUUGCCCAGGGUCACACAGCUAGAAAAUAUCUGAGGUCAAAUUUGAACCCAGGAUCCUGUCUCUGAGCCCGAUUCUAUCCACUGAACCAUUUUGCUGUGUUCCUCCUCCCAUUCUUAUAUGCUUGCCUUCAUUAGGCUAGAGACUGGGCCUUUGAUUUCAUUGGUAUAGGGAACUCCCAAGUGAGGGAACUUCUAGCAAUGCAGGAUGGCACCUUUGCUGCAGUUUAUAGCCUAAAGAGAGUUGCCAAGAGCAUGACACCUUUCAGAGACUUGCACAGGGUUGCACAGCCAGUAGGUUCUAGGUGUGUAACAUGAACUCAAGUCUUCUUGGCUUGGAAGCCAGCCUUUUAUCCAUUAUGACACAUAUCUUGAUAUGCCCAUAAACCACUCCUCUAUGGAGCAUGAUCUCCCAGAGUAGGGUUGGUGGGUGGAGGGAGAAUACUGAAUAGGGGCUCUCCUAAGGCAAAAGAACUGAAUUCAUUCCUCUUCACCUCUCCAGGUCUUACUUUCCUCUUCUGUAAAAUUAAAGGGCUGGUUUGGAUGAUAUUUAAAUUCCUUUACAAUCCUAGAAUUAGAUACUCCCACAUCCCCCAGAUCCCAACCCACCUCCUUUCAAAAAGAGUAGGGACUAGAGAUAGUGGGGGGCGGUAGGUAAUCACGAGUGGGAGGGAGGGGAAGCAAGAGGAACCUUUUUGAAGAUGAGUUAUAAAUGUACUUGGUGUUUAAUGGCAGAAAAUCUCGUCUCUGGUCCUUAGGCAUUUAUUUUGUGAUCCCCUAAGUCACCUGCGAUCUGCGUCCCAGUGAAUACCCAGGGGGCGCUAUUUUUAAACUUUGCUGGGGGCGAACAUCCACCCCCAGGCCCUUCUCAACAGAGCUCCCCCCAAACCACCCAUCCUCCCGCUAAUUCCAUGGACCCUUUUAUACUCUCUUAGCUUAAGAUCCCAGAGGUCCCUAUAGAUUUUAUCAAGGACUAGAAGAGCCUUUGAUUUCAAAGGAAGAUAUCGGCAGCUCCCUCCACCCAGUCUCAGGAGCUCUCCUCGGCUCAAACACUGCAUGACAGACCCCAGCCCACCCCAAAAGUAGCUGCAAUUGCGCUGUCCAGGGCCGAGGGCCGGGGAUCACCAGAGCCCAAGCUCCAUCCACCGCCUCCUCCUCUUCCUCCUCCUCCUCCUCCUCCUGCUCCCCCCUCCUCCUUCCCAGCCCCUGUCGACUCCUCCUUUGACUCCUUCUCUCCCUCCCUUCCUCCCUCCCGCUCUUUGUCUCUCCGGCGCCCGCCCUCUUUGCCCCCCCUCCCCCCUGCAUCGCCACCUCCCCUUGGGGACCCCGGCGGGCUACGCUGACGCGACGAUUCCACGAUCUAUUAGCGGGGCAGGGAAGACUGGGGCAGCUGGGCUGCGGGGGAGGGAGGGGGACACACACACACACACACACACACACACACACACACACACACACAGAGCAUCCUCCUGUCAGGUCUCCGGGCUCCGCCUGUUCCCUCCAAACCUCUCUCUCUCUCUCUCUCUCUCUCUCUCUCUCUCUCUCUCUCUCUCUCUCUCUCUCUCUCUCUCUCUCUCUCUCUCUCUCUCUCUCUCUCUCUCUCUCUCUCUCUCUCUCUCUCUCUCCCUCUCCUCCCUCCUCCCUCCUCCUUCUCCAGCUUCAUCCUUCCCCUUCCCUCUCCCCAUCCCCCACUUCCCCAUCCCCCCUCACCCCAUCCUCUAUCCCUCAUCCCGACUCUGGGACCAUCCCAACCCAGCCCUCUUAGAUGGAGCCUAGCGAGUCGGCCCCGAACUGCCUGCUCCCGGGGUGAAGGGGCCGAAGAGGCCACGGCGGGGACCCCCCCCCCUCCUUCCACACACCCCUCUCACGUCCCCGCCCCGCGGACCAUGGAUCCAGAAGCCCCCUCGGUUUUAGGAAGCUGAAGAUGACAGAUGCUGGAGCUCUCCUGCAUCAUGGCUUCCUCAAAGCUCCAAGACACCGAGGAGGUUUUUGACUUGGACUCAGUGAUCCCAGAGACAGUCAGACUGGACAGCAGCCUCCAUAAGGCCCGGGCCCAGCUGCUGGCCAAGGGCAGGCGCCACCGGCCAUCUCGCUCUCGGCUACGGGACAGCGCAAGCUCAGCUGAAGAGGGCGAUGGCCCAGAAGGGCCCGGGGUCAAGGUAACAGAUGGCUGCGGGAGCCCCCUCCACCGGCUGCGUUCCCCGCUUCACUCCGGUCCGGGUUCUCCCCCCGGGGGGCCCUUUACCUUGGAGCCCCCGGGGCUUCGGCGGAGCCUGGACGAAGACGAGCCGCCGCCCUCACCCCGCACCCGCUACCGGCCCCUCCACAAUGCGGUCUCCCAUGAGGCUCUCGCAGCGGCCUCCUCGUCACCUCCACGCUCAGCGCCCAGCUCCGACAGCUCACCCAGCUUUGUGCGACGGCAUCACCGGGCUGAGCCUCACAGCGAAGAUGACAGCCGAGAUGCCAGCCCUUCUGAACCUGCCAGUCCCACUACUGGCCUGGACAAGAAGACACGCCGAAAAUUUUUGGAUUUGGGAGUUACUCUGCGAAGGGCAUCAACAAGCAAGAGCAGGAAGGAGAAAGGGAGCAACCGACUGUCCAUGGGAAGCAGGGAGUCAGUGGAAGGCUCUGGCCGAACAGGUGGCUCUCCAUUCCUGCCUUUCUCCUGGUUCACAGAUAGCAGCAAAGGCUCUGCUUCCUCUGGGAGCACUGCCUCUCCAGCCUGCUCUCCCAAGCAUGAAGGCUUCAGUCCCAAGAAAUCAGCUUCUCAGGAAUCCACCCUGAGUGAUGAUGACUCCACACCCCCUAGCAGCAGCCCGAAGAUAUUGAGCAGUUCCCGACCAGACCCCAAAUGCUCCUACCCUUACCACACACUAUCUCAGUCCUCUGAUGAGUUCCUGGAUGAGCCACUUCCAACUGCCAACCACUGGACUAGUCAACAAGUGGGCCAGUGGCUAGAGAGUCUCAACUUGGAUCAGUACACUGCUGAGUUUGCAGCUAGACAAGUGGAUGGACAGCAGCUGCUGCAGCUGGAUGGGGGGAAAUUGAAGAGCCUGGGGCUCAGCAACUCCCAUGACCGGGCACUGGUGAAGCGGAAGCUGAAGGAAUUGGUGGCAGCAGCUGAGAAGGAAAGAAAGGCUCAGGAGAAGGCUGAACGACAGCGAGAAAAACAGAAGCGCAAAGAGGCCGAGGCUCGAAAAAGCUAGAGGCUCCUAUGCUAGGAGCACAGAUCCUGCAUGACUCCCUGCCUGCUGGGGCAGGGGGCCCAUCAAACUCUACCUCCCUCAGCCCAUGGGAGGGAGGAGUAAUCACAGGACCUCUGGAAGAAUGGGGGUAUGAAGGAGUGAAAGCUUAGAUGAGCCUCCAAGUCCCACGUCCUUAGGGGCACACAUUCCCAUUCAUGUCCACUCCGGUACCCCUCUCCAAAUCCCAGGAAGGGACCCUGCUGACUAAAAGGGGGUCCCCUGGGGAGGAAGCAGAAUAAAUCUUAUUUCAAAGA